GCGCGCUCUACCGCGAACUUUUCCAUUCAUUCCGUGAUCCAUUUUAUCUUGGCAUUGCCGAUCCACGUGUGUCUAGCAUUCAAGAGAAAACAAAUUAUUCUUGCAAAAAUGAGCACUGCAAAACAGCAUCAACCUCAGGAGAAGAUAAAAAUGUCCACGAAACGUCACGCCAACGAUGAUUGCGCGAUGGAGGUUGAGAUUAAUGGAAUAAAGGGAAAAGUACACCAGCAUUUACCUAAAAAAAGAGCCAAGAAUGUACAAAAUGGAGAACAAAGGAAGAUACCAGUACCAGCUCACAGAUAUUCGCCUCUGAAAGAAAACUGGAUGAAAAUAUUUACGCCAGUUACCGAACAUCUAAAGUUACAAAUACGUUUCAAUCUUAAGACUAGAAAUGUCGAGAUCAGAACGGCGCCAGAGACUCCGGAUCUCUCGUAUCUCCAAAAGGCAGCUGACUUCGUGAAAGCGUUCAUCUGCGGAUUUGAGGUGGACGACGCUCUAGCUCUGUUACGUCUGGAUGAUCUCUUUGUGGAAUCCUUUGAGAUACAAGAUGUCAGACAGCAACUCAAAGGUGAUCACCAGUCUAGAGCAAUUGGAAGAUUGGCGGGUAAAGGUGGAAGAACCAAGUUUACUAUUGAGAAUGUUACAAAAACCAGGAUUGUGCUAGCUGAUACCAAGAUACACAUACUGGGUUCUUAUCAGAACAUACAACUGGCUCGUAGGGCGAUAUGUAAUUUAAUUUUAGGUAGCCCACCCUCCAAGGUUUAUGGACAAUUGAGAAACAUAGCCAGUAAAAUCUCGCAACAGUUCUAAUAUAUCUUAUAUUUAUUUGUGUCCUAUAUACAUGUAUAUACAUAUAUUUGUUAAUAAAAAUUAUAAAAUUA